AUGGAUGAAUUUCGAGAAUCUCAAAAGGAAAGAAUUGAAGAGGCAUUAGAUAUGGGUGAGCUUAAAACUGGUAGAGGCUUGAAUCAAGAACUUGGUCUUUCAAGAGCUUAUGAUACUCGUUGGGGAUCUCAUUACAAAUCUUUUAAAAAUUUUAUUCUUAUGUUUGGCUCUAUUUUUGAUGUUCUUGAAGUACUUGUUGUUGAUGCACGUUUGAUGGAUGACAUAGCCAAGGCAAUAGGAUAUCUCAAAACUUGUCAAACAUUUGAGGUUUCAUUCAUGUUGCAUUUGAUGAUAGAUGUUUUAGCAAUCACAAAUGAGCUAAAUAAAUGCUUACAAAAAAAGGAGCAAGAUAUCGCAAAUACCAUGCUACUUGUAGAAGUAGCAAAGAGAAGGUUGCAAAGUUUAAGAGAAGAUGAAUGGGAUUCACUUAUUGAAAAAGUAUCUACAUUUAGUAUCAAGUAUGGCAUUUUGAUACCUAAUUUUGAUGAGCCAUACGUUAACUCUUUAAGAUCACGACGUAAAUCUAUCGAUCAUACUACUUUGCAUCAUUAUCAUGUUGAUGUGUUUUGUAAGAUUAUUGAUUGGCAAAUUCAAGAACUCAAUGGUCGUUUUGACGAAUUGACUACUAAUUUGCUUCAUGGAGUUGCUUGUUUGAAUCCAAUUGACUCAUUUUCUAGUUUUGACAUCAAGAAGAUCAUGAAAAUGGCAAAAUUAUAUCCUGAUGUCUUUGAUGAAGUUAGUAUGGGUGAUCUUGAGAAUCAACUUGUGACAUACAUUAUUGAUGUAUGUGAUAUUGAUGAAAGGUUCUCCAAUUUGAAUGGACUUUGUGAUCUUUUAAGAAAAUUGGUUCAGACAAAGAAGAAUUUAAACUUCCCUCUUGUAUUCUGCUUGGUGAAAUUUACUUUGCUUUUGCCAGUUGCCACUGCAUCGAUUGAAAGAGCUUUUUCGGCAAUGAUGUUUAUCAAGAAUGACAUGCGGAAUCGAAUGAAUGAUGAACUUUUGAGUGGUUGUUUGGUGCCUUAUGUAGAAAAAGAUGUAUUUAAUACUAUAUCUAAUGAUGAUAUUAUAAAAACAUUUCGAGAAAUGAAACCUCGUCGAGUACCAUUGUAA